AUGGGCAAAGGCGUGAAGUUCAAUCCGGUGACGGAUAUCCCGAGCCUGGCGGGGAAGGUCAUUUUGGUCACUGGAGGCAACGCAGGCCUAGGCAAGCAAACCAUCCUCUACCUCUCUCAACAUUCCCCUUCACGAAUCUACCUCGCCGCACGCACCGCCUCCAAAGCCACUUCCGCAAUCGCCGAUAUCAAAAAGCUCGUUCCGGAUGCACCCAUCGAACACCUCCCCCUCGACCUCACAUCCAUGGCCUCCAUCAAAGCCGCCGCCGACAUCUUUCAGGCCAAGGAAUCACGCCUCGACAUCCUCAUCAACAACGCCGGUGUUAUGGCCACGCCCUACAGUCUCACAAAAGAAGGCUACGAGAUUCAAUUCGGCACAAACCACAUGGGCCACGCACUUCUCACAAAACUGCUCCUCCCGACUUUGCUCGAGACGGCUAAGCAGCCCGGUGCCGACGUCCGCAUCAUCAAUCUCAGCAGCAUAGGGCAUAUGAUGGCGCCAUCUGAAGGCAUCAUCCAGACGCAAUCCACACUACAGCAAAGAUCAACCUGGACGCGUUACGGCCAAUCCAAACUCGCAAACAUCCUUUUCUCGAACGAACUCGCCGCCCGCUACCCCGAGAUAACAACCGUAUCCAUCCACCCCGGCGUCAUUGUCACAGACCUAUACGCCUCUCUCAAGUCGAAUUUUAUUAUGCGGCUCUUGGUCGGGCUUUAUCAACUGCUGACGCCAAUUCUACCAGGCCAUUAUAAGGACACGACGGGGGGUGCGUUGAAUCAGACGUGGGCGGCGACAACAAAGAAGGAGGGAUUGACAAACGGCGAGUUUUAUACGCCGGUGGGGAAGACGGGGUCGGGGAGUAAGAAGAGUAGGGAUGCGGGGUUGGGGAAGAAGUUGUGGGAGUAUACAGAGGUAGAGCUGGAGAAGCAUGGGUAUUGA